UUUGUUUAACCGAAACGUCAAAAGUGAUAACACUAUCAACGUAUCACUGUUUCACAACAAGGAGCAAUAGAGAAGGAAAAAUAAUUUACUAUUUUCGACAAUCGACGAGUUUUUUACCAGCUCGUAGGUUAUUGAAAAAGAUGAACGGCUCAGCUUUGGUGAGGUCAAACCUGGUGGCUAAAGGUCACGGCGGAGCUAUUGGACUGCCGAGUUUGGCGUUUAAAAAUGUGUUGCAGACACGCCGAAACACUACUGCAGCGGCUCCUCCACCAGAAUUAAAGGCGUCGUACGGUAACCUAUCAGAUUCCGACAGGAUAUUCACGAAUCUCUAUGGACGCCACGACUGGCAAUUGAAGGGUGCGUUAAAACGCGGUGAUUGGUACAAUACAAAAGAAAUUUUGAUAAAAGGUACCGAUUACAUUAUUAAUGAAGUUAAGACUUCCGGUUUGAGAGGACGCGGUGGUGCUGGUUUCCCAACCGGGAUGAAAUGGAGUUUUAUGAACAAACCAUCUGACGGCCGCCCAAAGUAUUUGGUUGUUAACGCUGAUGAAGGUGAACCAGGCACUUGUAAAGAUCGUGAAAUUAUGAGACACGAUCCACAUAAAUUGAUUGAAGGAUGUUUGGUUGCUGGCCGAGCAAUGGGAGCUUGUGCUGCUUAUAUCUACAUCCGUGGCGAGUUUUACAAUGAAGCUUCAAACCUGCAACAAGCUAUUUGUGAGGCAUAUCAAGCUGGUCUUAUUGGGAAAAAUGCGUGCAACUCUGGCUAUGACUUUGAUGUAUUUGUGCACAGAGGAGCUGGUGCUUAUAUUUGUGGAGAAGAAACAGCUCUUAUUGAAUCACUCGAAGGCAAACAAGGCAAACCAAGGUUGAAGCCUCCUUUCCCAGCUGAUGUUGGAGUUUUUGGCUGUCCCACUACAGUAUCUAAUGUUGAAACAGUAGCUGUUGCACCUACCAUUUGCCGUCGUGGCGGUGCAUGGUUCUUUGGUCUUGGAAGACCUAGAAAUUCUGGGACUAAGCUCUUCAAUAUAUCUGGUCAUGUAAACAACCCGUGUACUGUUGAAGAAGAAAUGUCAAUUCCAUUGAAAGAGUUGAUCGAGCGACAUGCUGGUGGUAUAAUCGGUGGUUGGGAUAAUUUGUUGGCUGUAAUUCCUGGAGGUUCAUCAACACCACUUAUACCAAAACAUGUUUGUGAAACAGCAAUUAUGGAUUUUGACGGUUUGGUAGCAGCUCAAACUAGUUUAGGAACAGCAGCUUUGAUUGUAAUGAAUAAGCAAACUGAUAUUGUAAAAGCUAUUGCUCGUUUGAUUAUGUUCUAUAAACAUGAAUCAUGUGGGCAAUGUACACCUUGUCGCGAGGGCAUUAAUUGGAUGAACAAAAUUAUGUACAGGUUUGUUGACGGACAAGCUCAGUCUUCAGAAAUUGACAUGUUGUGGGAGAUUAGUAAGCAAAUUGAAGGGCAUACAAUUUGUGCUCUUGGAGAUGGUGCCGCAUGGCCUGUGCAAGGGCUGAUCAGACAUUUUAGACCUGAACUUGAAUGUAGAAUGAAAAAGUACCAAGAGCAGAAUGAAAAACAAGCUUUAUCCAACUAAUAGUUCUUUAAUAG